CUUACGCGGGAAAGCAACUGAAACUCGGUAGACCCUUUUUCAGUCUCUCUCUCUCAGACUGAGAAGAACAGAAAAUAAAUUUUCUAAUGGCUGUUCAUUUGGAUUCUCUCUUAUGUUUUUCCAGACUCGGCAGAAAUAAACCCUUUCUCUUACCAUUCACAACUUCCAUUCUCAAUCCAACUUCUCAUACUCCAGACACCUCUUUCUCUCCCAAGAAAUUGAAGCUCCCAAAAAAAAGGUGGUCUGCUUCUGUUGUGAUGUCCAAGGGAAAACCACUUGAGUCGAGUUUUUCUAGAAAAGAUUGGUUCAAACUUACGUAUUUGGAGGGGAAUAGCUGGAUAUGGGAUGUGAAUGGGUUGAAAAUUUUGGUGGAUCCAAUCUUGGUAGGUAAUUUGGAUUUUGGAAUCCCUUGGCUUUAUGAUGCAGCCAAGAAAUACGUGAAGAAUUUUCAGCUAAGUGAUCUUCCUGAACUUGACUGCUUGUUGAUUACCCAAAGUCUUGAUGAUCACUGCCAUUUGAAGACGCUGAAGCCGCUUUCACAAAUGCUACCAAAUCUGCCAGUUAUAGCAACUCCAAAUGCAGAGACAUUGUUAAACCCCCUUUUCAGCUCUGUGACAUAUUUAGAACCUGGGCAAAGUUCUGAAAUUAUGGGGAGAAAUGGGUCUAAAGCCAAAAUACAAGCUACAGCAGGACCUGUUCUAGGCCCUCCUUGGCAACGACCGGAGAAUGGGUAUCUUGUAACUUCUCAGCAAGAGGAGCUGACUCUGUAUUAUGAACCUCACUGUGUAUACAACAAAGAGCUUUUACAGAAGGAGCGGGCUGACAUUCUCAUCUCACCAGUUAUAAAGCAGUUGCUGCCAGGUUUUACACUUGUUUCUGGACAAGAAGAUGCAGUUCAGCUCGCAAAGCUUCUGCAAUCCAAGUUCAUUGUACCAAUGAGAAAUGGGGAACUUGACAGCAAAGGAUUUCUAUCUAGUAUCAUUCAGUCUGAGGGAACAAUGGAAUCAUUCAAGGAACUUCUGUCAAAAGAGUUACCAAACGCUAAGGUAUUAGAAGCAACCCCUGGCGAGCCAUUGGAAAUAUCAACACCUUGAAAUCACCUAUUAUUUCUCCCAGUAGCCAUAAUGAACAAUUCUUUGCCCUGAAGUUCUUUCUGAAGAAAACCUUCUAUACCGUGUAUAUCUAGUGUACUUGCUCCAUUUUAACUAGUUCAUAAAAUUUCUGGUAUAGUAUCUACUACACUUCACUAUACAUAUCUGAUGUGUUCUUAAACACUAUAGUAGAAAACUCAUGUUUUAACUCUCUUUGGGAUACUUCGGUUUACAUGUUCAAGCUUGAUUUUAUUGUCUGA